CUUUGUUUUGGUUUUUGCGCACUGUCCUCUCACACACCACGCACAACCGACAACACACCUCUGCACGCACACCCCUGCCACUCCCUCUGCGUCCAAGCAGCAUGGCUGAACAAGAUAGCAAGCGCAGCAAGACAGAUGCUGCUGUGCCCGUGGUCGCCCUCGCUGCAGACACCUCCUUGACAGACAAGCAGCGAUCUCGCUGUGGUGCGCUGACGGCUGCGUUUGCCAAGGCAUGCGGACGUCAGCCCGACUUCAUCUGCAGAGCACCCGGCCGCGUGAACUUGAUCGGGGAACACAUUGACUACAGCGGGUACGGCGUCCUGCCCAUGGCCAUCGAGCAGGACAUCCUGAUCGCCGUUGCCCCAAACGACACCAACACCCUCAACAUCAGCAACGUCAACUCAAAGUUUGCCACAAGGAACAUGAGCUGCUGGCCCGUUGACAUUGACGAUACCAAGCACGAGUGGACAAACUACUUUCUCGCUGGAUACAGGGGGCUGCUGGAGCAUGCAAAGUGCACGACGCCUAUUGGCUUGGACGUGGUGGUUGACGGCGUUGUUCCAACAGGGUCGGGCCUCUCCUCCUCCAGCGCUUUUGUCGUCUGCGCAGCACUCGUCGCCAUGCACGCAAACGCCCUCUCUUUCCCAAAGACUGAGCUUGCCACGGUCUGCGCCAAAGCAGAACACUACGUCGGCACAGAGGGCGGAGGCAUGGACCAGACCAUCAGCAUCAUGGCGCAGCCCGGUGUUGGGCUCUACAUCCAGUUCCACCCCAUUCGCGCCACGCCCGCACAACUGCCACAGGGGGGCGCGUUUGUGAUUGCAAACACGUUGGUUGAGGCCAACAAAUACGUCACAGCGGGCUCAUGCUACAACAAGCGGGUCGUUGAGUGCCGUGCCGCUGCUCGCAUCCUCGCCGCCAAACUCAACAUUGAAGACGCUGUCAGCGUGCGCCGCCUUGGAGACGUUCAGGAACGAGCCGGAAAAUCGCUCCGUGACAUGAUGGAUGUUGUGGACACACAUCUGAGCAAAGACGACUACACACAAGAUGACAUUGCCAAGGAGCUGGGCAUCACUGUGGACGAGGUGGUGGCGACAGUGCUGAGCCCAAGCACAAAGGACCAGACUCACUUCAACCUUCACGACAGGGCGCGCCACGUGUUCUCUGAAGCGCAGCGGGUCCUUGAUUUCAAGGACGCGACGACACUGGCAGAUAUGGGCCGGCUGAUGGACGAGAGCCAUGCAAGCUGCCGUGACCAAUACCACUGCAGCUGUCCAGAACUCGACCAGCUCACAGCGCUCUGCAGGGAGGCUGGUGCAUAUGGGUCUCGCCUGACCGGUGCGGGGUGGGGCGGUUCGACCGUGUCCCUCGUUCCCGAAGAUGACGUGGAUGCCUUCCUCGCCAAGAUCAAGAAGGGAUACUACGAGCAGUCGCCUCAGCGGCUGGAGCAGGUGGACAGCGCGCUGUUUGUAACGAGCGCCGGCCCAGGCGCAUGCGUCUUCACCCUCUGAUCCGUGAACGAAUGAACUCAAUGGCAAUGGCAAAGAAAGCAUAAGCAAG